AUGGGGCUUUGGACGGACGACUUGGACGUGACAUGGUUGAAGGAGCUUGUGCACCAAGCCAUUGUCCUUGGCAAACAGCAUGGGCAAGAAAUACCACUCACAUUGCAGCAGCUCAAGUCGCGGCAUGACACUAUCAAGGGCUCGUACUCCGUCAUUGCGAAGAUCGUCAAUAGCAGUGGAAUGGGGUGGGAAGCCACAACGUGCAAGUUCGACCUCUGUGAAGCUCUCGUCCAUGGAACUCUUGCGCAUGGGAAUUUCGUUGUGACUUCAACGGAAGAGCCUUCAUCAUACGCCCCAGACCAACGAGACAGCUCAAUUGAAGAUGCUGCGGACAUGCAAGGGGACGAGUCCGAUGCUGAAGAGUGUCAGCACGAUGAUAGCGGAGCCGGUCGCCGAUCGUCGUUGGGCGAUGGUGGGAAACUACCGAACAAGCGGCAACGUUUGACCAUGGCCUCACAAUUGCUACAAUGCUUUCAAGGCAUGGGUGCGUCGUCGGAGAGAGAACUGGAACUCAUGGCAGAAAUGAUCAAACCAACAACCGUGUCCCCAACAGCAAAGGCGGUCAAGUUGCUUCACGAAGAACUUGGCGAAAUGUUGAGUGUGGAUGACACCAUGAUGGCGCUUGACGUUCUGGAAAACGAAACCCGUGCGGUUGUGUUCAUGUCGAUGCAGCCUGGUCUACGUGAAACAUGGAUUUUGCGCCAGGUUGAGAAGCUGCGUAAUGCGUGA